AUGGCAGCAUCUGCUGUAUUUCAGGGGUUAGAAGGAGCAUUGGAGGUACUGGAGGAAGACCAAAUUAUUCAAUUUGGGGAGGAGGAUAUAAAGGAAGGUUUGGAGAAAUGUACAAGAAGUCUAGUUGGGAGAUUAAUGGCUGAUCGUAAGUUUAGUGCUGGUACGUUAGAGGCUGCUCUACUUGCAAUCUGGAGACAGCCGGUGGGCUUCAAAGUUUUGGAUCAUGGUGGCAACGUGUUUCAAUUUUUCUUUGAAAAGGAGAUUGAGAUGAUUAGGAUUGAGAAUGGAGCCCCUUGGCUAUUUAAAAAUUAUAUUCUCAACCUAAAGAGAUGGAAAGGAGAAGAUUCAAUAGUGGAAACUGAAUUCCUAAAAGUGCCUAUAUGGAUUCAGUUGUGGGGUUUACCGGAAUAUUGUAAAACGAAAGAAUUAGGUAGGAAGCUAGGGAGAGUGAUGGGGGAAGUGAUGGAUGUUGACUUAUUUAUUUUAAGAGGAAAAGAGGAGCAAAUAGUUAAAGUGCAGAUUGGGUUGGAUCUCACAAAACCAUUGCGAAGAUCGAUUAAGAUUGCAGGGGGAGAUAAAAAGGUGAUUGAACUGCAAGUCAAAUAUGAAAAAAUAGGAAACUUUUGUUACUAUUGUGGAUUCUUGGGACACGAGGCUCGCAGAUGCAGCAAAUUCUUUGAGGAUUCAGCGGCAGGGAAGGUUGAGGAAGAGAAAUCAGCGGCAGGGAAGGUUGAGGAAGAGAAAUGGGGGCCUUGGGUCAGAGCUGAACAAUUUGGAAGGAGGGUUAGCUCCCAAAAAGAGAACCAGAACCCACAUUCUGACCAACAGUCAGAGAAGAAAAACCAAAGAGAUAGAAAACCAACUCCGUUAAACCUAAUUAAAAGCUUUGCAAGUCUUUCAGUUAAUGAGGCUAACACGCGAAAAGGAGUUGAGGAUGAUGAGGUGAAAAGUGGAACACAGAAAGAGAAGAGAAGUAUUUUGGGCCUUGCUGAUCAGCCAGUUCAGGAAAAGCAAUAUAAUAGUGAAAAAGUAGCACAGAUGGAGAAUAGAGAAGAAAAUUCAGAACAGAAUUAUACCUCAGAUGGCAUACUCUCUUUUAGUGCUUCGGCCAAUUCACCUGAGAUCAAAGGAAAACUCAAGUUGAGUUGGAAGCAGAUGGCAAGGAGAGGUAAAAUGGGUAACAAGGUAACAGGGGUUAAAAGGAGAACAAGGGAAAAGGAGGAUAUGGCAGCAAGUAAGAAGCAUUGUUCGAUAGAAACAAGUCAAACUGAGAAGGGGGAGGGUGCCGCCCAACAAUUGGCACCCAAGGAUCCAUGA